AUGCUUCAGACGAUUAACCGGGUCUUCACCCAUAGCACCAGCUUCAAGAGACGGGGAAAGGGGGAUCAUGAGAACAGCGGAGAUAAGUCUCCGCUUAGCGGAAAAAACUCCUCCGCAGGGGACCAGCGACCAGACUCCCCUAUUCGACUCGGAUCACCGUCGAUUGCGGCGCUAGGCGAGUCGACGCUUAAAAAAAUUGUUAAACGGUCGUUCUAUGGCGACACGUCGGUGGAGCCGCUCGUCGAUGGGAGGGGAGGAACGGGAAAGGAGGUUCCUACAGAAAUGCUCGCGUUUGAGAUAGGGGCCAUCAUGCGUCGCACGCUUGAAAUAUGCGACUCCAUGUCCGAGAAAAUGCUCUCCUCGCUACGCGCCAACCUUCAGGCGCCUGGCGUGGUGACUUUAAUCUCCAGCGACCUUAGAGUACUAUGGGGCCUCGCGGGGUACGAGAAGCAUCAGGAACUGCGGUCCGUCGCGUGCCGCGUCGCCGUGUUGGGUCGCAAGUGCCGGGAAUCGCGGCUGCACAAACUCGAGCGGCUCUUUGCGAGGCUCGCCAGCAUAGAUGCCGAUUAUAAGAUGUUCUCGGCGUCUUCCGCUGAAGGGGAGGUGCUUCUUAAGUUCAUGCGCGAGCAAGCGGAGGCGACGAGCGAGCUGAAGAGCGAGAUGGAGUCCAUUCAGGAGCUCCACAGCCGCAUUCAGGAGUACGGCGAGUGGAACUCGCUGCAGGAGAUGGUGACGCAGGGCAAGCUCGUGGAGAAGCUGCAGGGUCACUGCCUCUGGGCGUACCACCUCGACUUCCUCGUGCAGUUACUCAUCAUAGCAGCAUGCUACGUGCGCAAGAAGAUAUUUGCCGCGUUCGGGCACGGCAUGUGCCCGCCGCGCAUCCGGGAGGCGUGUGUGGGGGAGGCGGGUCUCGCUCUGCACUAUGCCAACGUGGUUGUGCUGCUGGAGCGGAUCAUCCAACAGCCGGACGAAGUGCUGGGACCUACACGGGACGAGCUUUACGAGAUGCUUCCCCGCAACAUACAGUACCUGCUGCGCGUGCAGCUGCAGGACGCUGUCAACUUCCAGGCGGACGGGCGCGUGGAGGCGAACCUGAAGCGCGGGCUGCUGCUGCUGCCCACCAUGGCGCACAACACCAUCACCUGGCACUCGCUGCACACUCCUGGGGCUGCUCUGGAUUCAUCGGAGACAGUGUUUCAAGUGCAGACGUUUUACUUCGCGAAUCUGCAAGCGGUGAACGCCACGCUAGUAGACGUCCUUUUAGGCCUGUGCCGCAUAUGCGGGGUGGAGUCCCCAAUAGGCUGUGUCUCCACACAGGUGCCCGCCUCUCUUGACUACUCCCAGCUCGUCGCAGAGAAGGUGGCCGAGGCAGAGAGGCAGUUCCGCAAGGCAUGCGGCAUGGACGGGAGAGAUGAGGACUGGUUCGGCGGAGAGGUCACCAAGGUGCAUGAUGACUCGUGCCAGGCUAGACGCGCGCAAACGCCAAGGGGUGGUGAGGCGGCUUUAGCAGCUUCAGCAGCUGCAGCGGCUGCAGGGGCUGCAGCGGCUUCGGAGGUGGAGGGUGGGCGGAGUGAGGGGAGCGGUAUUGUGCGGGAGAAGGCUUUGCAGUGUAACCGGCCGCACACACCCGCGCCUACUGCUGCUACUGUCUCCGCCACUGCUACCUCUGCUGCUGCCGCUGCUGCUGCUGCUGCUGCUGCUGCUGCUGCUGCUGCUGCCUCUGCUGCCGCCGAGUUUGGUGGUGCUUGCUCUGGUGCAGAAGGGGAGGGCAGCAGGGGCACAAGCACAGCCAUGACCAUGAAUAUGCACAAGAGCAGCAGCACGGGUAGUGCUGGUGGUGGCGGCGGUGUGAAUGGCGGCAGUGACGGCACAGGCAGCCCUGCGUUCGUGACUCCCCCUGAGUCCCCCGCCAGUGCCGUCCCCCUGCGCUCUGCCGUCCCUGUGUCCCGGUCUGAAGGUGGUGGGACGGAGAAGAGGGGGGGUGCUGCGAGGAGGGGGGGUGGGAGGGCAGGGGGCAGGGAAGGCGAGGAGCAGAACACCACCGACCCGCACUCCUCUUCCUCCCUGACCUCCUCCGCGCUCUCUUCCGCGCUCUCCUCACUUCCCUCCUCCAUCCCCUCCAUCCCCUCCUCUGCCUCGUCCUCCUCCUCGUCCUCUCGAGGCUGGGGGUCGCAGCGGUGGGGUUUUGGCAAGUCUAGAUCCAUGCGGGUGACUACCGCUCCUCCCACCACGCCCCCUCGUCCCUCCACCCCUCCUCCUAGCAGCCUAUAUUCCGAUCCCAUGCUUGCUGCUGGUGUCACGGAUUGGGAUUCUGAGAGUCCUGCUGCUGCUGCUGGUCGGGUUGAUGGGAGCCUGUCGUUUGAUCACUCCCUCUCCUCCUCCAUGCUCUCCCCCUCGCUGCUGGAAACGAGGCGCCUGCGCAAGGCCAUGCAGGGAGGGGCGAUAGUGGGGUGUUUCACAGGGGGCGGGGCAGCAUCUGCUAUGGAUAGUGAGUCAGAGGCAGAAGGGGGGAGGAGAGGAGGGGGAGGUGGGGGAGGGGGAGGCUCUAGGCCAGGUACGGCUGGAGGCAGGUCUGGGAGGGAGAAGGGGGAGAGGUCAAAAGGGGAGAGAGCGAGUGGGGAGAGGGUGAGUGGGAGAUCAGGUGGGGAAUCUGGUGGUUCGGGACGACGGUCGAAGCUGCUUGGGGGUAGCAGCAGAGAGAGUGCUAAGGGAAGUGGGGAUGGGAGUGGGAGGCGGGGUGGUGGUGGUGAGGGAGCGACCGGCAGCAGCACUCCGAGAAAGACCAAGCAUUUCUACUCGCAGCCGAUGCCGCCGCGUGCGCAGUGGAAUGAGCAGGUGGGGGUCUCAACAGAGGCUGAUGGGACAUCAUAA